CAUGAGGGAAGAGCCUUUGUACAAUCCCACGCAUCCAUCGCGCCAGCUUAUGAGAGAGAUCACGGCGUACUUGACGGAAAACUACGAACUCAACUCAUGCGUUAUGGCUGCCUACAAGCGCAUGUACCGACCACCUCCGUCCUUCUGUCCUCUCAACCGCCAAGUCGCUAAUUCAGCGUUCAUUGAGGGUCCCAAGGGGCCGACCGAGAGGUUGGCGCCAGUGUGCUGGCUUGGUCUGUGCACGGCCUGCGUGGAAGUUGAGGAGGUUGACUAUAUGGUGCGAACGGUGCCGGCCUCCACAUGGGCUUCUCGAGCUAGGGCGAUUUGGGCACAGAAUGCAGAGUUCAAGAGGCGAGAGGCAGAAAUAGUGUCGCAGAUGGAGAAGCUACAGAUCCACACCAGCAACCUUGGUUUCUGCUACGUAUGAACGCCGCAGAGUCUUCGAAGCCUUGUCCUUAGGAAUGGAGAUCUGAUCGGCUGAGUUGCUAUAUGGGCUAGGAAAACGCAGCAUUAUGGACGGCGCUGGAGUCUGGUAUGGCUUUUUUUUUUCGGUAUUUUAUCCACGGUCUUCAUAACGACGACUAGCAUCCUUUUGCAAAUUCAUCUUUGCAUCAACAUUC